GCUAAUUAUUCAGGUCAUCAGUUGGAUCAUGCCACAGUUUGGAAACUGUGUGUGUCUCUCAUUCUAAUAUAUAGAUGUACUAGUUCGCUAGUUGUAUGCGUAUGAACUUGUUUUAAACGAUAACUCUUACUGUAGCACCUUACUUUCUUUUACACCAAAACCUUUGCGCGAACCAGAUUGGAGAUGAAGAGGUCUCGGGAAGGGAGAUGAAGGGAUUGAGACUGCCUCAAUGCCGGCUUUAGGACCUGUUUGGUCGCUACAUAUCCUGAGAGAAGCUGGCCCGACCUGAGACAAGCCUGAGGUUGCAUCAUGUGGGUUGUUUGGUUGCUUACUCUGAGAUGGGUUACUUCGGCACAACAAUAGUCAGGCGAGGCAGCAACGUUCUGGCACUGCACCGUGGGCCGGAUAACUUGCCCCAGACGUAUUUUGGCAUAAUGAUCUUCAUUUGAUCUGAGGUCUUUCAAGAUUCAUCGAGUUAUUACCUACCUAGCUAGCCAGAUUAAAAUUUCUGCUCAAGCUAGCCAUCGAUCAUCUGAUAGCUAGCUCGAUCGAUAUAUCAAUUCAAGCUAGAGGAGAACACUGCAAGUCAGCAAUGGCCGGCGGCGAUGGCGUGACGGUGGUGGGGCGGGCGGAGAUCGACACGCGGGCGCCGUUCAGGUCAGUGAAGGAGGCCGUCGUCCUCUUCGGCGAGAAGGUACUCGCCGGCGAGCUCCACGCCGGAGCCGGGCGGCGGCUACUCGCCACAUCCGACCAGCUGCAGCAGAAUCGUGCUACCACAACACCGCCGGCAAGAUGGCCAACAGUUAGUCAAGUCAAACAAAUCGCCGGCGCGGUGGCAGCGGCGGCGGGGGCGACACGCCACGCGCCGGCGAUGGCAACGGCGGAGCUAGAGGAGGCGAAGCAGGAGCUGGAGAAGGAGCGGUCGGAGAAGAAGAAGAUGGCCGGCUGCAUCCUCUCCCUGCAGGAGGAGCUCAGCAACGCCAUGAGCGAGCUCAACAAGCUCAAGGCACGAGACAACGAAGACGACGACGGCGGCGGCGAGGCGGCCGCCAAGGUGAUCGACCUGCAGGUGGAGGAUCUCAAGUUCGUCGAGAUCGACGACGACAAGCCACAGCCGCGCCGACAGUCGCCGUCGACGACGGUGACGGCGGCGGCGGCGGCGGCGGGGAGCGCGUCCCCCGGCGAAUUCCAGAAGAGGAGGUACGUGACGUUCGCCGACCCGCCGACCGUAGCAUCAGCGGCGUACCGCGCGCCGCCAUUGCCGGACGUGGUGGUGAUGGAGCCGCAUCACCAUCGUCCCGCCGCGCCGCCGCUGUACCGCGAGGUGAGGUUCCAGAGGCAGAUGUCGGCCGGGCACGAGGCGGUGAAGGUGGCGGCGGCGGCGGAGCAGGAGGCGAGGAAGAAGAAGAAGAAGCCGCUGAUCCCGCUGGUUGGCGCGCUCUUCAUGAGGAAGAAGAAGAGCAGCAGCAGAAGCUGCCAUGACGACUCGGCGCUCAACUCGCGCACCGCCUUUUGAUCUCAUCCCUUCAUGACAUGCAUACGGUAUACGCGUAUAUAUUUGUGUGCGAGAGGCUCAUUUCAGCCGUUUGAUCUUGGUGUAUAUAUACGGUAUUUGUAUACGUACGUACCCCAUAUGUAUGCAUGCGUAUGUAUACUCUUUACCUGAUCAGCGAGGGGUAAUUAGACAUGUAUGUAUGAAGACUGGAGUAGUUAUUCAGGUCUGUUUUUAGAUAAUGAGAUGAAAUAAGUUUUUCGAUUUA